GUUACUGAAAAAGGGGGCAAUAUGGAGAAGUGAGAGGAUUCAGAGAGAGAGAGAAAGAGAGAGAGAGAGAGAGAGAGAGAGAGAGAGAUGUGCAUGUGUGUGUAUGCGUCACAUACAUAAAAGAGAGGUUGAGAAAUAGAUGUGUGACUAACCCGGAUGACUAACUAAAUGGAUGAUGUAGCUUUGCAGCCUGAUUAACUUGAGACUGACGCUGGCUAAUGAAACUGAUCAACUCAACAACCUAAUCACCUCAACCAUCGUUUAUCACUGGCUUCUUCAGGAAGCACCAUCCAGUUUGAAGACUCAUCCAGUGAAAGGUUUAAUGAACAUGGACUCCCCUAACAUCACAGCUCCCCUCGUGAACAGGACGGAUUUCAGCAGCGUGUUCACCCACAGGGUUCUGCCCGUCCUGUAUAGCCUCAUCUGUGCGGCAGGCCUGGUUCUGAACCUGCUGGCUGCCUGGAUCUUCUUGCGGGUGCCCUGCUGCUCGGGGCUGGUGGUGUAUCUGAAGAACAUGGUGGUGGCCGACCUGCUGAUGCUGGUGUCCUACCCGUGGCGCGUGGCCACCUUGCUGGAGCUGGGCAGCUGGCGCCUCCAUGUGGUGGUGUGCCGCUACACCGCCGUGCUCUUCUACUCCAGCAUGUACGUGAGCAUCAUGUUCCUGGGCCUGAUUAGCCUGGAGCGCUACGUGAAGAUCGUGCAGCCGUCCGGCCCCCGCUCCUCCGCCCUCCUGCAGAAAGUGGCCGUCGCCCGGGUGCUGUCCGCGCUCACCUGGGGCCUGGGAAUGUUGACGCUGCUGCCCAACUCUCUGCUGACCAGCCUGCCUGCGGACGAGGAGAGCUCCAAGGACUGCAUGCGCCUCAAGACCCCGCUGGGCAUCCAGUGGCACAGCGCGUCCAUCUACCUGUGCGUGGGCAUCUUCUGGGCCACCUUCCUGCUGCUGGGCUUCUGCUACACCUCCAUCGCGCGCCGGGUGUACCAGUCCCACCGGCGGGUGAGGAGGAACAGCUGCAAGGCGCACAGGAAGUCCAACCGCAGCAUCUUCAGCAUCCUGCUGGUCUUCUUCAUCUGCUUUGUGCCGUACCACGUCUGCCGAGUCCCCUACACGAUCAGCCAGACCUCGCACGUGGUCUUCAGCGAGCGCAGCCGCUUCCUGCUCUACCAGGUGAAGGAAGGGACUCUCUUCCUGUCCGCGCUCAACGUCUGCCUGGACCCCGUCAUCUACUUCCUCACGUGCAGGACUUUCCGCGAGUCGCUGCUCAGGAAGUUCUCCCACAGUGUGGCUGACGCUAGGAGAUCAUCAGUGACCGAUGGCCACAGUGUCAGCAACAUGUGAGACAAACCGAAGACAAGAGGGAAGAAAUGGAAAGAGGAGGCGAACGAGCGCACAGAAUUAAAGAGAUGAAAGAAUGUCAAAUGCAGAAACGUACAGAAAAGGCAGAGAGGGGAAAGAGGCCAGAAAAGACAGACACUGUCUCUUUGUUGAGGUUCAUUUAUUUGCUUUACACGGGCCUGUAUUGCUUAUUGAGUCAAGCCACUGCACGGCAUAUUUAGUAGUUAUUUCAGCAAUAGAGCGUGUUCAACAACAUUUUUGUAAUGAGAAUAUUAGCUAUUUUUAUAUAUACUGUACUGUACCUUUUACAUUUUUAUAUUUAAUUUAAGAAAGAGAACAACCAUUCUGUCCACAUGUAUUUUUUCUCUUCACUAAUAUGGGAAAAGCGGAGAGUUGCAGGUAGAAAUGGGAUGACUGUUCGAGUCCAGGCUGCAUCACCGCUGGCUAUGGUCGGAGGUCUGCAACCUCACCAGGGAAUGAUGGGGGUAAGCCAGGGAAUGAUGGGGGUAAGCCAGCUAGUCCCAUUGAUCUCAUCACUCUCUAGCAGCCUCUCCUAGUCAGGCCAGGCACCUGCAGAUGCACAAACCGACUUGAGCAGUAUGUAUUUGGUGGUGCGUCUGCAGUGUGGAAAGAAGCUGGCAGGAAGGGUCGGUGGGAGAUCGAAAAGUUCAGCAGAGUUUGGGUUGGAAAAAAAGGGGGAGAGAGAUCUUAUAAAAGAUCUUUAAAAAAGAGAAAGGGGAUCACAGUACAGUAAUACUCCCUUUUCACUGGUGCAUUUGAGUAGUGCUGGACUCGCUCUCAAGCUUUUGCACUUGUUCAAAUAUGAUCCGAACUGGUGCGACCUGAUCCAGAAAUUACCCGAUACACACUGCACCACAAUUUCACCGGCAUAAUUUUUCUAAAUAAAUUAGAGCUAUUUAUUAUAAAGAUUAGUUCCAAUAUUAAUAGUGGUUACAUAUUAUUACAUUAUUUAUAUUUUUUAUUGUACAUGUUACUUGUCUAAACUGGUAUAGUGAGAAGCACACACUGCUAUUUGGGUGCAUUUUUAAAUUGGACAUUAUUCAUGUGAUGUUUCUGUGUAUUGAAGGCACCCCUGCCAGACUGUUCACAUUUAUAUGCAAUCACGAUGGUUGAUUGCACAACGCAUUUUGGGCCUUCAUGGUUGCCUCUUGUAGCACUGUCAUGUGGUUGUGUGUGAAGAGUGUACAACAGGUACUUGAUUCUCUCAAAGGCACAAAGAGGACGCAGAUCUCAGACACUUCAGGACAUGUCUCAAUGUCACAAAUGCAGAAGAGCAGUCACUGUGCCUGGUACAAGUACAGAAUGUGUACUUGCGUGAAACUGGAAAAAGAGAGCUACCAUGCACACACAGGUUUAUUCAGACCAUGAGGUUACCGGUGUACGUUGUGUGUUCAUCACUGAAAAACACACUGUGCUACACUGUGCUACCAGCACACAUUACAGGCAUUUACAUUACAUUACAUUACAGCACACCAAAGAUGUGGAUGUCACAGGGAUCAGUGAUGCAGACAGAGAUUUGAAUCUGUCCCUUGAAAGUGUCACUUGCUGCAUUACAGCUUGUGGUUUGUGUAGUUUGAGAAAAACUGAAAUGAGGACCCUCCCACACCUCUGAGGCCAGGUAUCUACAGGGGAAGAGGGGAAGGAAGGAGGACACAGGAAACAGGACUCCAGAGGAGAGCCGAGUCCAUGGAUGAGCAGGCACAAGAUUGCACAGUGACUCUCCACAUCUUCAGACAUAACAGGAAGAGCCGGGAGAAAACAGUCUCUCCUUUCAUCCCCACCGUACUGAUGAACAUACAGCUGUACACAGGUGCACAAAUCACACGCACGUGUCCAUGUGCACGCAUUCAGACCCAGUUCUGUUGCAGGGUUCAGUACAGCGGAAUUAAAUGACUGUUAUACACUUUGUAUAUGUUAUACGCUUACAUAUGAUUCAUAAUCAAACCAACAAAACUGUCCACUUUUUUCGCACGCCAUUGAAAAGUUGUGAAAUGAAUGACACAUAAUACAUGCUUUGUUCUCGUUUUUUACUUCA